AUGGGCGGCGAGAAUAUGUCCACCACCGGCGCUGGCGAUGACAUCCUGCCUGUAACAUCUGUGCAUAAGCCAGCAGGUACGUCUGUUUCAAUGGACAUGCAUCCUGUAGCGUCUGCAAUCGCCCCAUACACAGAGGGUGUCUCUGUUACUUCUCCGGCGGCAUUGAGGGCACCUGGACAUAUCGAAGAGCACACAAAAACAGCAGACGUGGUCGGCGCAGAGAAGCACAUCCCCAUGAGACAUAUUGGGCCGCAUGAACAGGACACACCUCAUAUUCUUCAAAGCCACCCGGACAAUAUUGAUAUAAGAUUGAUACCUAAAGUCGAAAUGCAUGGUGGCCCAGAAAACGUUCCAAUAACCGUGCAGGACAUGAGUAACCUGUAUAUGCCCCACUUGAAUGAAUUUUAUGCAAGAUUUGAGGACAUGGAUUUCAAAACAAGGUUCCAAUCUAUAAUACAUCAUCCAUUGAAUGAAAUGGAGUUCGAGGCUGCCUGGCAAAUGAUGCUUGAUGAUUUCCAACUACACGAGAAUAACACCCUUGCCAGAUUAUAUGAAAUACGCAAAGAUUGGGUACCUGCAUUUUUCAAAGGAGACUAUUGUGGUCUUAUGGUCUCUACACAACGAAGCGAGAGCAUGAACAAGUUGGUGAAGAGUGCCCACGUGGAUGCAAACACACCGCUUCAUCAAUUUGCAAAGCAAAUGAUGAAGCUCCUGCAUAGUAGGAAGAUGAAAGAGGCCAAAGAGGCACUAGGAUGCAUGGGUCAAAAGGAUACAACUACAUUGUAUAUGUUUGAAAUAAGAGUUGCAAGGGCAUACACUAGAGCUGUGAUGACAAGGUUUCAGGAGACAGUAAAAUAUGCAACUGCAUACCGAAUAGACCGUGAUACAGAGGGUGAUGAACAUGAUUGGGUGGUGAAACAUACUACAAGAUCAAAUAAAAUUGUUUGGGGUCAACACCAAUUCAAGAUAAGGGCUGAUGUGGAUGCCGGAAAGUAUUCAUGUGAGUGCAAGCAUUGGGAGCAUACAGGUCUAUUUUGUGUUCAUCUUGUACGCGCUUUCAUGCAUCUACAAAUUGAAAGGAUCCCGAGUGAGUAUAUUUUGCAACGAUACACAUACUCCACGCAUCAAUAUGUGGCUUUUUCAAGAGACGAUAGGAAUUUGAAAGGAAAAGAUGGAGAAACUAGAUCAUAUAGACAGAAGAUGUUGCUUAAAAAAGCAAUGAAAGUAGUACACCAUGCAAGUCUGUCUAAAGCUGGGAAUGAUAAAGCCCUAGAGAUGAUGGACGAAUUAUUAGGGUUAUUGAUGCGUGUGGAGCCUGAUAUAGGUACUAGUGAGAGUUGUGGCACAAGUGUUUGCGAUGACAUCCAGGUCGAAGCGUAUGAAACAGAAGAAAUGGCUAUAGACAACUUACGCAAAUUAGAUGAUGGGAACGAGGAAAUUUUAAUGGGCUCUAAUACAAAUGAAUGCAAUACUAAGGAUGAUCAAUGUAAUAUGCAGAUAUUAACAUUGGAACAUAACACUGACAUUCGGCUGGUUGAGAGUAGUUCUAUGGAUGUGGAAGCUAGAAAGAAACUGGAAUUUCAUAUGGAAGGUGUAAACUUAGCAAGACCAGAUAAGGCCAAGCCUAAGGGAAGAACAAUCAAAAGUAGUGAGCAACAAGUUUUAAAAUUGGGUGCAAAAGGAGCUAACAAGAUGAACAGGAAAUGCCAGAAAUGUGGCAUAGCUGAUGGUCACAACAGCCCAAACUGA